AUGAUAAGUAUCUUCCAAAAAAGCUAUGUUGUCCACAAAGGUCGUAUACUAUUGGAUGUGCCUUGUCGGGUGUGUCAAGAUCAUUCAUCAGGAAAGCAUUAUGGAAUAUUUAGCUGUGAUGGUUGUGCUGGAUUUUUCAAGCGUUCCAUCCGACGGCAUCGUCAAUAUGUAUGCAAAAAUCGAGGUGGUGGCGAAGAAGGUAAAUGUUUGGUGGAUAAAACACAUCGUAAUCAAUGUCGAGCAUGUCGCCUAACAAAAUGUUUGGAGAUAGGCAUGAACAAAGAAGCAGUACAGCACGAAAGAGGCCCAAGAAAUUCAACCAUGCGAAGGCAUAUCGCUUUUUAUUCGUCACCAUCUUCUACUGGAGAAAGAUCUCCCGAAUUUGGAUCAGAAUCAGAUUCUUCUGUAUCAUGUACAAUCAAUGAAAUAUCAUCAACAACAAAAGAUGCUGCAGCUCGUUUAUUUUUUCAAAUUUUACAUUGGUCCAAAUCGCUGAUUGCUUUCGCUUGCUUAUCUCCUCAAGAACAAGUAGCAGCAUUUACAUCUUCGUGGGGUGUACUUUUUCUGCUCUCUGCUGUGGAAAACCGUUUCCUUCAAAGUAGUGUCUUGGCAAAUGAGCGGACAAUCAAUAUCCAAAUGAGGAUGAAACUUUUGUCAGCAGUAAGUCAACUGGAACAGUUAAGGCUAGAUUCCACGGAAUAUAAUCAAUUGCGUCUUCUAAGUCUUAUCAAAGGACGCAAUCCGCAAAUGGAACAACUGACGGCAUUUAAUUUCGCGCAACAUCAACAAAUUACUUAUCCAUGCCAACCGUUGCGAUACAUUUCUUGCAUGGUACUCCUGGAAACGAUGCCACAAUUCGAGACAAUUCUCUCCGAACUUUAUUUCAAGCAAUCGAUUGGUAAUGCAUCGAUGUCUGCGCUAGUCGCUGACAUUUUAUUGCCUAAGGAGAUGAGAUCGCAAAGGAUUCUAUCGAAACAAUAA